AUGCGGGAGCGAGCCACUCCGCUUCACCUGGCCGCAGCCAAGGGCCACGACUCGGUGGUCGAUGUUCUCCUGCGCAUGGGUGCCGCCGUUGACCCGUUGGACAAAGAUCGCGUGACUCCGCUGCAUGAUGCCGCCAUGCGAGGAAACGUGCAGUGCUUGCGACUCCUCUUGGCCGCGCAAGCGGAUCCUAAUCAUCGGGACGUCGAUGGCUGCACUCCGCUGCACAAGGCCGCCAACUACGGCCUUGCCAACUGCGUUGAGUUGCUUCUGGCUCACGGCGCCAAAGUGGACAGCACGGAUAAUGAAGGAACGACUCCUCUGCACAGGGCUGCAUGCGAAAGACGAAGCGCGGUUGUGGAGAUGCUUCUCGAACAAGGGGCGUCUCUGAUCGCCCGCGAUGUCUAUGGUCAGAAGGUCGUUCACAAGGCGGCUAUCACUUGCAACUUGACGGUCCUUGAGAUACUGCGACAAAAGAACGCCUCCAUGGACGCUGAAGACAAGAACGGAAUCACUCCUUUCCUCCUCUGGUACGUACACGCCAGCGUAGUGGUGGUGGAGGGUGAGGCUGCGGCAACACUAGAUGUCGCUGCUGGAGAUGAGGACACGGCUCAGUUCUUCAUCAAGUGUAAGGUCAACAUUUACAAGAAGAGCACGCGAGGUCUCUGGAGCGCACCACACUUCGCCGCCAACGAAGGUCAUGCUGACAUGCUGCUACUGCUCCUCUUGGCCGGCGUGCCGAUGAGUGAACGCGACCUGUACGGCCGCACACCCCUCCACAUUGCGGUGGAGGCUCAAGCAUACGCGUGCGCAGCCUUCCUCCUGCAGGUACGAGUAUUUUCUUGUCAUCAUCUACCCAGUCUCGCACCUCUCCAGUGGUACCAAGAGAGCACCGCCGCUGAAACCACGUUAACCGUACCACACACCAUAUUCCACUGGACAGGUGGGAGAGAAUCCCCUUGUUGA